AACACGGCAAAAUGACGAAAUAAAAUUGUGUCAGGUGAACUUAGAACGCUGGCAUCUUUAGGUCGCCAACACUGACUGAGCUGGGUUAGCUGUCCUAUGAGUUGAACUUCAUUGCUGCUAUCAACUCAUUGCAUCGCCCUCAGCACUGGCGAACUUUAACAAAGCUCCAGCCUUCAUCUGUCACCAGUUGGUCGCUCUCAGUGACCUAGUGUAUUAACGUCGAAGGCAAAAUGGGGAACACGAGCAGUGAGAGAGCAGGUAUGGGGCAGGGUGAAAAAGCCCACCGUCGUGACAGCCGUGGGGCCAAGGAGGGAGACCGGCCCAAAAUCCUGAUGGACAGCCCAGAGGAUGCUGAUCUGUUUCAUGGAGAAGAUAUUAAAGCUCCAUUAGAAAAGGAGGAGUUUCUUGCGUGGAGGCAGGAUUUGGAGGCUGGUGAUAAGGGGUCUGCCCUGGAUCGGCCUAUCGUGUUCCGCUGGACGGGUGCUGGGAGAGAGGUCUUUGUGUCUGGCUCCUUUAACAACUGGGCAAACAAGAUCCCUCUCACCAGGAGCCAGAAUAACUUUGUGGCGAUUGUGGAUCUACCUGAGGGAGAACACCAGUAUAAAUUCUUUGUUGAUGGACAGUGGACACACGACCCGACUGAGCCUGUCGUGACGAACCAGCUGGGCUCGGUAAACAACAUUAUCCAGGUGAAGAAGACGGACUUCGAGGUGUUUGACGCGCUGAUGGUCGACUCCCAGAAGUGUUCUGACUUGUCAGACUUGUCCAGCUCUCCGCCUGGGCCCUACCAUCAGGAUCCUUAUGUCCCCAAACAGGAGGAAAAGUUUAAGUCUCCGCCCAUUCUUCCACCACACCUGUUACAGGUCAUCCUCAACAAGGACACUGGAAUCUCAUGUGACCCUGCCUUACUUCCUGAGCCUCACCAUGUCAUGCUGAAUCACCUUUACGCUCUGUCCAUCAAGGAUGGAGUGAUGGUACUGAGUGCUACCCAUCGCUAUAAGAAGAAAUAUGUCACCACCUUGCUCUACAAGCCGAUAUGA